CCCACUCUGUGUGGUUUCGCCUCAGGCCCACUCUGUGUGUUUUCGCCUCAGGCCCACUCUGUGUGGUUUCGCCUCAGGCCCACUCUGUGUGGUUUCGCCUCAGGCCCACUCUGUGUGGUUUCGCCUCAGGCCCACUCUGUGUGGUUUCGCCUCAGGCCCACUCUGUGUGGUUUCGCCUCAGGCCCACUCUGUGUGGUUUCGCCUCAGGCCCACUCUGUGUUGUCUCUUCAGGCCCACUCUGUGUUUUCUCCUCAGGCCCACUCUGUGUUUUCUCCUCAGGCCCACUCUGUGUUUUCUCCUCAGGCCCACUCUGUGUUUUCGCCUCAGGCCCACUCUGUGUGGUUUCGCCUCAGGCCCACUCUGUGUGGUUUCGCCUCAGGCCCACUCUGUGUGGUUUCGCCUCAGGCCCACUCUGUGUGGUUUCGCCUCAGGCCCACUCUGUGUGGUUUCGCCUCAGGCCCACUCUGUGUGGUUUCGCCUCAGGCCCACUCUGUGUGGUUUCGCCUCAGGCCCACUCUGUGUGGUUUCGCCUCAGGCCCACUCUGUGUGGUUUCGCCUCAGGCCCACUCUGUGUGGUUUCGCCUCAGGCCCACUCUGUGUGGUUUCGCCUCAGGCCCACUCUGUGUGGUUUCGCCUCAGGCCCACUCUGUGUGGUUUCGCCUCAGGCCCACUCUGUUUUGUCUCUUCAGGCCCACUCUGUGUUUUCUCCUCAGGCCCACUCUGUGUUUUCUCCUCAGGCCCACUCUGUGUUUUCUCCUCAGGCCCACUCUGUGUUUUCUCCUCAGGCCCACUCUGUGUUUUCUCCUCAGGCCCACUCUGUGUUUUCUCCUCAGGCCCACUCUGUGUUUUCUCCUCAUGCCCACUCUGUGUUUUCUCCUCAGGCCCACUCUGUGUUUUCUCCUCAGGCCCACUCUGUGUUUUCUCCUCAGGCCCACUCUGUGUUUUCUCCUCAGGCCCACUCUGUGUUUUCUCCUCAGGCCCACUCUGUGUUUUCUCCUCAGGCCCACUCUAUUGAGGGACCAGCACUACCAGUACCUGAAGAAAGGAUUACGUCAUCUCUCUGAUGCUUAUGAGGUAUGUAGACUACUGCCAGGCAGACAACUGUAUACACUCUGAGCCUGCAUGAGUACUAAUUCCCUAAGAGUAUUUCCCACAAAGCACAUAAUUGAUGACCACAUUCUAAAUGUAAUAUAUGACAUGUAUCUGAAGUAGGGCUUACGUCAUCUCUCAGAACUGAUCUCCACCACUUACUUGUAUUCAUCUUAAGAUAGCUAGGUGAGACAACCGCAUAUUACAGUCACAGUAAGUAUGUUUUUCCUCAAUAUAGUAGUUAUCAGCAAAGUCAGUGCUAGUAGUAAAAGAAAAGUGGGGUGGAUUUAAUCAAGAUAUUCUUCUUCAUUGCUAUUGGUCAGAACUGAAGAUGUGCCUCAUACUCCUUGCAUCCUCGUCAUAGUUUCUAAGUUGCAGUAAGAAUUCAAACUUUGGAGCCAAUGUUCCGCCCAUUACAAUUUGUAAUCUCUUAAAUAUUCCAAAUUCUGUUUAAUCUAAAACAGAUUAACUACAUUGAACAAAAAUAUAGACGCAACAUGUGAAGUGUUGGUCCAAUGUUUCAUGAGCUGAAAUAAAGAUCUCAGAAAUUUUCCAUACGCACAAAAACCUUUUCUUUCAAAUGUUGUGCACAAAUGUGUUUACAUCCCUGUUAGUGAGCAUUUGUCCUUUGCCAAGAGAAUCCAUCCACCUGACAGGUGUGGCAUAUCAAGAAGCUGAUUAAACAGCAUGAUCAUUACACAGGUGCACCCUGUGCUGGGGACAAUAAAAGGCCACUCUAAAAUGUGCAGUUUUGUCAAACAACACAAUGACACAGAUGUCUCAAGUUUUUAGUGAGCGUGCAAUUGAACACAAGCAUUUUGCUACACCCGCAACAACACCCGCAACAACAUCUGCUAAAUGUGUGUACAGUAUGUGACCAAUAAAGUUUGAUUUGAUUUUGACUGCAGGAAUGUCCACCAGAGCUGUUGCCAGAUAAUUAAAUGUUAAUUGCUCUACCAUAAGCUGCCUCCAACGUGGUUUUAGAGAAUUUGGCAAUGCGUCCAACCGGACUCACAACGUGUAUGGGGUCGUGUGGGCGAGCGGUUUGCUGAUGUCAGCAUUGUGAACAGAGUGCCCCAUGGUGGCAGUGGGGUUAUGUUAUGGGCAGGCAUAAGCUACAGACAACGAACACAAUUGCAUUUUAUCAAUGGCAAUUUGAAUGCACGGCGAUACCGUGACGAGAUCCUGAGGCCCAUUGUCAUCCGAUGCCAUCACCUCAUGUUUCAGCAUGAUGAUGCACAGUCCAUGUCGCAAGGAUCUGUACACAAUUCUGAAAAUGUCCCAGUUCUUCCAUGGCCUGCAUCCUCACCAGACAUGUCACCCAUUGAGCAUGUUUGGGAUGCUCUGGAUUGAAGUCUUCGACAGCAUGUUCCAGUUCCUGCCAAUAACCAGCAACUUCACACAGCCAUUGAAGAGGAGUGGGACAACAUUCCACAGGCCACAAUCAACAGCCUGAUCAACUCUAUGUGAAGGAGAUGGCGUUGCAUGAGGCAAAUGGUGGUCACACCCGAUACUGACUCGCCCCUACUUUAUUUUUUAUUUUUUAAGGUAUCUGUAACUAACAGAUGCAUAUCUGUAUUCCCAGUUAUGUGAAAUCCAUAGAUUAGGGCCUAAUGAAUUUAUUUCAAUUGACUGAUUUCCUUAUAUGAACUGUAACUCAGUAAAAUCUUUGAAAUUGUUGCAUGAUGCGUUUAUAUUUUUGUUCAGUAUAUAUUGAGACUCAGCAUUGACAAAAACAUUGUAGGAUAGACUUGCAGGAUAUAGACCAUUCAAAAAAAUACCAAAGUGUUUAAAAAAAAAAUUAAUCAUAUUUCACCACUCCUGUUCCAGAGUCAAGAUGUACAUUUGGGGUUUCAUUUUACUGCUUAAUUAUGGAGCAGUCAAUAUUAUAUUAUACAGUGCAUUCAGAAAGUAUUCAGACCCCUUGACUUUUUCCACAUUUUGUUACGUUACAGCCUUAUUCUAAAAUUGAUUAAAUUGUUUUUUUCCCCCUUAUCAAUCUACAAACAAUACCCCAUAAUGACAAAGCAAAGACAGGUUUUUAGACAUUUUGGCCAAAAAAAAACGGAAAUAUCAAAUUUACAUAAGUAUUCAGACCCUUUACUCAGUACUUUGUUGAAUCACCUUUGGCAGUGAUUACAGCCUCGAGUCUUCUUGGGUAUGACGCUACAAGCUUGGCACACCUGUAUUUGGGGAGUUUCUCCCAUUUCUUCUCUGCAGAUCCUUUCAAGCUCUGUCAGGCUGGAAGGGGAGCGUCGCUGCACAGCUAUUUUCAGGUCUCUCCAGAGAUGUUCGAUCGGGUUGAAGUCCGGGCUCUGGCUGGGCCACUCAAGGACAUUCAGAGACUGACUAGUCUCCCAGUCCCUGCCGCUGAAAAACAUCCCCAUAGCAGGAUGCUGCCAACACCAUGCUUAACUGUAGGGAUGGUGCCAGGCUUCCUCCAGACUUGACGCUUGGCAUUCAGGCCAUAGAGUUCAAUCUUGGUUUCAUCAGACCAGAUAAUCUUGUUUUUCAUGGUCUGAGAGUCUUUAGGUGCCUUUUGGCAAAUUCCAAGUGGGCUGUCGUGUGCCUUUUACUGAGGAGUGGCUUCCAUCUGGCCACUCUACCAUAAAGGCCUGAUUGGUGGAGAUGCAGAGAUGGUUGUCCUUCUGGAAGGUUCUCCCAUCUCCACAGAGGAACUCUGGAGCUCUGUCAGAGUGACCAUCGGGUUCUUGGUCACCUCCCUGACCAAUGCCCUUCUCCCACAAUUGCUCUUUUUGGCCGGGCGGCCAGCUCUAGGAAGAGUCUUGGUGGUUCCAAACUUCUUCCAUUUAAGAGUGAUGGAGGCCAAUGUGUUCUUGGGGACCUUCAAUGCUGCAGAAAUGUUCUGGUACCCUUCCCCAGAUCUGUGCCUCGACACAAUCCUGUCUCAGAGCUCUACGGACAAUUCCUUCGACCUCAUGGCUUUGUUUUUGCUCUGACAUGCACUGUCAACUGUGGGACCUUAUAUAGACAGGUGUGUGCCUUUCCAAAUCAGUCCAAUCAAUUGAGUUUACAACAGAUGGACUCCAAUCAAGUUGUAGAAACAUCUCAAGGAUGAUCCGUGGAAACAGGAUGCACCCGAGCUCAAUUUCGAGUCUCAUAGCAAACUUUCUGAAUACUUAUGUAAACAAUGUAUUUCUGUUUUUUAUUUUUAAUACAUUUGCAACAUUUCUAAAAACCUGUUUUCGCUUUGUCAUUAUGGGGUAUUGUGUGUAGAUUUGAGGAAUGUUUUUAUUUAAUCCAUUUUAGAAUAAGGCUGUAACGUAACAAUAUGUGGAAAAAGUCAAGGGGCCUGAAUACUUUCCGAAUGCACUUUAUGUGAGAGGUUACAAACCUACAGUCAGUGUCCAGAUUUCAGGCUACUCUUCCAUUUAAUCCGUCUGAACAGUACAGUUCCCUUGGCGCCAUUUUGAAGUCCCCGUCUUGUGACUGUCGAAUUUGUAUUGCGCUUCACAAUCACCACACAUAACAUAGCCUGCACUGCUAUCAUCCUCUUUUACCACUUCACCAAAUCUUUACCAAACAAAGACUACCGUUCUGGCCCUCCCUUCUCUUUAUUUUUCUACUCUCCAUUUUGUAGCUUUUCUCUUAUUGAAUUAAACUCUAACAUUGUCCUUUUAGCCUCAGUGGAUCGACGUUAACUUUUUCUGCCCAAGUUCCCAACAGCAUUUGGCAGUUGGCGUGCUACAGCUAGACCCUGAGGCUACGCACUAACGCCAGAUCAAAAUAAGGAAAGAAAAACCUCAAUAUACAGUUGAAGUCAGAAGUUUACAUACGCUUAGGUUGGAGUCAUUAAAACUCGUUUUUCAACCACUCCACAAAAAAAACUAUAGUUUUGGCAAGUCGGUUAGAACAUCUACUUUGUGCAUGACACAAGUAAUUUUUCCAAGAAUUGUUUACAGAUUAUUUCACUUAUAAUUCACUGUAUCACAAUUCCAGUGGGUCAGAAGUUUACAUACACUAAGUUGACUGUGCCUUUAAACAGCUUGGAAAAUUCCAGAAAAUGAUGUAAUGGCUUUAGAAGCUUCUGAUAGGCUAAUUGACAUCAUUUGAGUCAAUUGGAGGUGUACCUGUGGAUGUAUUUCAAGGCCUACCUUCAAACUCAGUGCUUCUUUGCUUGACAUCAUGGGAAAAUCAAAAGAAAUCAGCCAAGACCUCAGAAAAAAAUUUGUAGACCUCCACAAGUGUGGUUCAUUCUUGGGAGCAAUUUCCAAACGCCUAAAGGUACCACGUUCAUCUGUACAAACAAUAGUACGCAAGUAUAAACACCAUGGGACCACGCAGCCGUCAUACCGCUCAGGUAGGAGACGCGUUCUGUCUCCUAGAGACAAAUCAAUCCCAGAACAACAGCAAAGGACCUUGUGAAGAUGCUGGAGGAAACAAGUACAAAAGUAUCUAUAUCCACAGUAAAACAAGUCCUAUAUCGACAUAACCUGAAAGGCCGCUCAGCAAGGAAGAAGCCACUGCUCCAAAACCGCCAUAAAAAAGCCAGACUACGGUUUGCAACUGCACAUGGGGACAAAGAUCGUACUUUUUGGAGAAAUGUCCUCAGGUCUGAUGAAACAAAAAUAGAACUGUUUGGCCAUAAUGACCAUCGUUAUGUUUGGAGAAAAAUGGGGGAUGUUUGCAAGCCGAAGAACACCAUCCCAACCGUGAAGCACGGGGUUGGCAGCAUCAUGCUGUGGGGGUGCUUUGCUGCAGGAGGGACUGGUGCACUUCACAAAAUAGAUGGCAUCAUGAGGAAGGAAAAUUAUGUGGAUAUAUUGAAGAAACAUCUCAAGACAGUCAGGAAGUUAAAGCUUGGUCGCAAAUGGGUCUUCCAAACGCACAAUGACCCCAAGCAUACUUCCAAAGUUGUGGCAAAAUGGCUUAAGGACAACAAAGUCAAGGUAUUGGAGUGGCCAUCACAAAGCCCUGACCUCAAUCCUAUAGAAAAUGUGUGGGCAGAACUGAAAAAGCGUGUGCGAGCAAGGAGGCCUACAAACCUGACUCAGUUACACCAGCUCUGUCAGGAGGAAGGGGCCAAAAUUCAACCAACUUAUUGUGGGAAGCUUGUGGAAGGCUACCCGAAACGUUUGACCCAAGUUAAACAAUUUAAAGGCAAUGCUACCAAAUACUAAUUGAGGGUAUGUACACUUCUGACCCACCGGGAAUGUGAUGAAAGAUUUUUUACUAGAAUUAAAUGUCAGGAAUUGUGAAAGACAGAGUUUAAAUGUAUUUGGCUAAGGUGUAUGUAAACUUCCGACUUCAACUGUAGCCUAUAGAUAUGAAUUGCACCAGAAUGAUACAUUUAUGAAUGUAAGGUAUUGUUUUCUCUUUAUUCAACCUGCCCGCCACCCACCCGCCCUUCAUCCACACAAUAUUUAAUUACCCUAAACCCGGCCGCCCCACGGAUUAUGAGUCAACCCACGCGUGUGUAGUGUCUUGAAGCCAGUAGGAUGUGUUGCUAUAGUCUCUGGUUGACUGUUUUUCUAGCCCUGUAGUAUCUGUCUGUCUAUCUGACUGUGUUGAAGCUGAGCCAUUUGCUCGAGCUCCGCUGCGCAGUACAGUCCAUAUCUGACUAAGAUCAUAACAUGAUGUCAGAAGUGCUUCAACCCCGUCAAAUAUAAAACAGGUCCUCUGUAGCUCAAUUGGUAGAGCAUGGCGCUUGUAACGCCAGGGUAGUGGGUUCGAUCCCCGGGACCACCCAUACGUAAAAAUGUAUGCGCACAUGACUAAGUCGCUUUGGAUAAAAGUGUCUGCUAAAUGGCAUAUUAUUAUUAUUAUUAUUAUUAUUAUUAUUAUUAUUAUUAUUAUUAUCUCUGUAGUGUAGUAUGUCUAUCUGUAGCUUGUCAAGAGCAAUUGUGGCCAUCCCUGAAUUGUAUUUACAAAGUUGACUAUAUCUGAUGAAUGUAGAUUUGGUUGUUAAUGUUAUAUUUAGUGAUAACUCACUUUUUGUUUACAGGUAAUAUAGGACUAAGCCUUUCUUCAGUAAACGAUAAUGUACAUUUUCAUGUAAAUAGUUAAUGGGUUCAUGUUGAUUAUUUGUGUGUUUUCCAGGAGCCUGCGCGAUUGUCUUACGAGAGAUCAGGGAUAUUUUUAUCCAUUUAACUCCAUAUUGGCUUAAAUGGGUUUCUGGUUUUUCGCUUCCCUCUGGAAAAUCAGCUGUUAAUAUUAAAUAAAUACUAAUAACUACAUUAUUUCUGUUGCCAUUUCUCAUUAUUGUGCAUGUUUACUUUUAUAUGCUGUUAUGCUGUAUUAUAAUGUUGUAUUAUAAUGUUGAAUAAUCACCUUCCGGUGUAAAAACCCUGGAAAUUAGAAUAGGCAUUGGUCUGAAGCCGAAAAACAGGAAAGGGCCUUCCACAAACUGUUGCCACAAAGUUGGAGCACAGAAUCGUCUAGAAUGUCAUUGUAUGCUGUAGCGUUAAGAUUUCCCUUCACUGUAACUAAGGGGCCGAGCCCGAACUAUGAAAAACAGCCCCAGACAUUAUUCCUCCUCCACCAAACUUUACAGUUGGCACUAUGCAUUCGGUAAGGUUGCGUUCUCCUGACAUCCGCCAAACCCAGAUUCGUCCGUCGGACUGCCAAAUGGUGAAGCGUGAUUCAUCACUCCAGAAAACGCGUUUCCACUGUUCCAAAGUCCAAUGGCGGCGAGCUUUACACUUAAAGUUGACCGGGGCAGCUCUAGCAGGGCAGAAAUUUGAAAGGUGGCAUCCUAUGACGGUAACACGUUGAAAGUCACUGAGCUUUUCAGUAAGGUCAUUCAACUGCCAAUGUUUUCCUAUGGAGAUUGCAUGACUGUGUGCUCGAUUUUAUACACCUGUCAGCAACGGCAGCCAAAUCCACUAAUUUGAAGGGGUGUCCACAUACUUUUGUAUAUAUUGUGUAUGUAUCUAUCCAUCAUCCAUCCAUCCAUCUACAGUAUCUGACUGUGUUCUCUCUAGUGUCUCGAUGCCAGCAGGCCGUGGUUCUGGUACUGGAUCCUAUAGUAUCUAGUGUGUGUUCUCUCUAGUGUCUGGACGCCAGCAGGCCGUGGUUCUGGUACUGGAUCCUAUAGUAUCUAGUGUGUGUUCUCUCUGUAGUGUCUCGAUGCCAGCAGGCCGUGGUUCUGGUACUGGAUCCUAUAGUAUCUAGUGUGUAUGUGUUCUCUCUGUAGUGUCUGGACGCCAGCAGGCCGUGGUUCUGGUACUGGAUCCUAUAGUAUCUAGUGUGUGUUCUCUCUAGUGUCUGGAUGCCAGCAGGCCGUGGUUCUGGUACUGGAUCCUAUAGUAUCUAGUGUGUGUUCUCUCUGUAGUGUCUGGACGCCAGCAGGCCGUGGUUCUGGUACUGGAUCCUAUAGUAUCUAGUGUGUGUUCUCUCUAGUGUCUGGAUGCCAGCAGGCCGUGGUUCUGGUACUGGAUCCUAUAGUAUCUAGUGUGUGUUCUCUCUGUAGUGUCUCGAUGCCAGCAGGCCGUGGUUCUGGUACUGGAUCCUAUAGUAUCUAGUGUGUAUGUGUUCUCUCUGUAGUGUCUGGACGCCAGCAGGCCGUGGUUCUGGUACUGGAUCCUAUAGUAUCUAGUGUGUGUUCUCUCUAGUGUCUCGAUGCCAGCAGGCCGUGGUUCUGGUACUGGAUCCUAUAGUAUCUAGUGUGUGUUCUCUCUAGUGUCUCGAUGCCAGCAGGCCGUGGUUCUGGUACUGGAUCCUAUAGUAUCUAGUGUGUGUUCUCUCUAGUGUCUCGAUGCCAGCAGGCCGUGGUUCUGGUACUGGAUCCUAUAGUAUCUAGUGUGUAUGUGUUCUCUCUGUAGUGUCUGGACGCCAGCAGGCCGUGGUUCUGGUACUGGAUCCUAUAGUAUCUAGUGUGUAUGUGUUCUCUCUGUAGUGUCUGGACGCCAGCAGGCCGUGGUUCUGGUACUGGAUCCUAUAGUAUCUAGUGUGUGUUCUCUCUGUAGUGUCUGGAUGCCAGCAGGCCGUGGUUCUGGUACUGGAUCCUAUAGUAUCUAGUGUGUGUUCUCUCUAGUGUCUCGAUGCCAGCAGGCCGUGGUUCUGGUACUGGAUCCUAUAGUAUCUAGUGUAUGUUCUCUCUGUAGUGUCUAGACACCAGCAGGCCGUGGUUCUGGUACUGGAUCCUAUAGUAUCUAGUGUGUGUUCUCUCUAGUGUCUGGAUGCCAGCAGGCCGUGGUUCUGGUACUGGAUCCUAUAGUAUCUAGUGUGUGUUUUCUCUAGUGUCUCGAUGCCAGCAGGCCGUGGUUCUGGUACUGGAUCCUAUAGUAUCUAGUGUGUGUUCUCUCUAGUGUCUGGAUGCCAGCAGGCCGUGGUUCUGGUACUGGAUCCUAUAGUAUCUAGUGUGUGUUCUCUCUAGUGUCUCGAUGCCAGCAGGCCGUGGUUCUGGUACUGGAUCCUAUAGUAUCUAGUGUGUGUUCUCUCUAGUGUCUAGACACCAGCAGGCCGUGGUUCUGGUACUGGAUCCUAUAGUAUCUAGUGUGUAUGUGUUCUCUCUAGUGUCUAGACACCAGCAGGCUGUGGUUCUGGUACUGGAUCCUAUAGUAUCUAGUGUGUGUAUGUUCUCUCUCUAGUGUCUGGACGCCAGCAGGCCGUGGUUCUGGUACUGGAUCCUAUAGUAUCUAGUGUGUAUGUGUUCUCUCUAGUGUCUAGACACCAGCAGGCCGUGGUUCUGGUACUGGAUCCUAUAGUAUCUAGUGUGUGUUCUCUCUGUAGUGUCUGGACGCCAGCAGGCCGUGGUUCUGGUACUGGAUCCUAUAGUAUCUAGUGUGUGUUCUCUCUAGUGUCUAGACACCAGCAGGCCGUGGUUCUGGUACUGGAUCCUAUAGUAUCUAGUGUGUGUAUGUUCUCUCUCUAGUGUCUGGACGCCAGCAGGCCGUGGUUCUGGUACUGGAUCCUAUAGUAUCUAGUGUGUGUAUGUUCUCUCUGUAGUGUCUGGACGCCAGCAGGCCGUGGUUCUGGUACUGGAUCCUAUAGUAUCUAGUGUGUGUUCUCUCUAGUGUCUGGACGCCAGCAGGCCGUGGUUCUGGUACUGGAUCCUAUAGUAUCUAGUGUGUGUUCUCUCUAGUGUCUCGAUGCCAGCAGGCUGUGGUUCUGGUACUGGAUCCUAUAGUAUCUAGUGUGUAUGUGUUCUCUCUGUAGUGUCUAGACACCAGCAGGCCGUGGUUCUGGUACUGGAUCCUAUAGUAUCUAGUGUGUGUUCUCUCUAGUGUCUGGAUGCCAGCAGGCCGUGGUUCUGGUACUGGAUCCUAUAGUAUCUAGUGUGUGUUCUCUCUAGUGUCUCGAUGCCAGCAGGCCGUGGUUCUGGUACUGGAUCCUAUAGUAUCUAGUGUGUGUAUGUUCUCUCUCUAGUGUCUGGACGCCAGCAGGCUGUGGUUCUGGUACUGGAUCCUAUAGUAUCUAGUGUGUAUGUGUUCUCUCUAGUGUCUAGACACCAGCAGGCUGUGGUUCUGGUACUGGAUCCUAUAGUAUCUAGUGUGUGUAUGUUCUCUCUCUAGUGUCUGGACGCCAGCAGGCCGUGGUUCUGGUACUGGAUCCUAUAGUAUCUAGUGUGUGUAUGUUCUCUCUCUAGUGUCUGGACGCCAGCAGGCCGUGGUUCUGGUACUGGAUCCUAUAGUAUCUAGUGUGUAUGUGUUCUCUCUGUAGUGUCUAGACACCAGCAGGCCGUGGUUCUGGUACUGGAUCCUAUAGUAUCUAGUGUGUGUUCUCUCUAGUGUCUGGAUGCCAGCAGGCCGUGGUUCUGGUACUGGAUCCUAUAGUAUCUAGUGUGUAUGUGUUCUCUCUGUAGUGUCUAGACACCAGCAGGCCGUGGUUCUGGUACUGGAUCCUAUAGUAUCUAGUGUGUGUUCUCUCUAGUGUCUAGACACCAGCAGGCCGUGGUUCUGGUACUGGAUCCUAUAGUAUCUAGUGUGUGUAUGUUCUCUCUUUAGUGUCUAGAUGCCAGCAGGCCGUGGUUCUGGUACUGGAUCCUAUAGUAUCUAGUGUGUGUUCUCUCUGUAGUGUCUGGACGCCAGCAGGCCGUGGUUCUGGUACUGGAUCCUAUAGUAUCUAGUGUGUGUUCUCUCUAGUGUCUCGAUGCCAGCAGGCCAUGGUUCUGGUACUGGAUCCUAUAGUAUCUAGUGUGUUCUCUGUAGUGUCUGGACGCCAGUAGGCCGUGGUUCUGGUACUGGAUCCUAUAGUAUCUAGUGUGUGUAUGUUCUCUCUUUAGUGUCUAGACACCAGCAGGCCGUGGUUCUGGUACUGGAUCCUAUAGUAUCUAGUGUGUGUAUGUUCUCUCUGUAGUGUCUGGAUGCCAGCAGGCCGUGGUUCUGGUACUGGAUCCUAUAGUAUCUAGUGUGUGUUCUCUCUGUAGUGUCUGGACGCCAGCAGGCCGUGGUUCUGGUACUGGAUCCUAUAGUAUCUAGUGUGUGUUCUCUCUAGUGUCUAGACACCAGCAGGCCGUGGUUCUGGUACUGGAUCCUAUAGUAUCUAGUGUGUUCUCUCUGUAGUGUCUGGACGCCAGCAGGCCGUGGUUCUGGUACUGGAUCCUAUAGUAUCUAGUGUGUAUGUGUUCUCUCUGUAGUGUCUGGACGCCAGCAGGCCGUGGUUCUGGUACUGGAUCCUAUAGUAUCUAGUGUGUGUUCUCUCUGUAGUGUCUGGAUGCCAGCAGGCCGUGGUUCUGGUACUGGAUCCUAUAGUAUCUAGUGUGUGUUCUCUCUGUAGUGUCUGGACGCCAGCAGGCCGUGGUUCUGGUACUGGAUCCUAUAGUAUCUAGUGUGUGUUCUCUCUAGUGUCUGGAUGCCAGCAGGCCGUGGUUCUGGUACUGGAUCCUAUAGUAUCUAGUGUGUGUUUUCUCUAGUGUCUCGAUGCCAGCAGGCCGUGGUUCUGGUACUGGAUCCUAUAGUAUCUAGUGUGUGUUCUCUCUAGUGUCUGGAUGCCAGCAGGCCGUGGUUCUGGUACUGGAUCCUAUAGUAUCUAGUGUGUGUUCUCUCUGUAGUGUCUUGAUGCCAGCAGGCCGUGGUUCUGGUACUGGAUCCUAUAGUAUCUAGUGUGUGUUCUCUCUGUAGUGUAUGGACGCCAGCAGGCCGUGGUUCUGGUACUGGAUCCUAUAGUAUCUAGUGUGUGUUCUCUCUGUAGUGUCUGGACGCCAGCAGGCCGUGGUUCUGGUACUGGAUCCUAUAGUAUCUAGUGUGUGUUCUCUCUGUAGUGUCUGGACGCCAGCAGGCCGUGGUUCUGGUACUGGAUCCUAUAGUAUCUAGUGUGUGUUCUCUCUGUAGUGUCUGGACGCCAGCAGGCCGUGGUUCUGGUACUGGAUCCUAUAGUAUCUAGUGUGUGUUCUGUCUGUAGUGUCUGGACGCCAGCAGGCCGUGGUUCUGGUACUGGAUCCUAUAGUAUCUAGUGUGUGUUCUCUCUAGUGUCUGGACGCCAGCAGGCCGUGGUUCUGGUACUGGAUCCUAUAGUAUCUAGUGUGUGUUCUCUCUAGUGUCUGGACGCCAGCAGGCCGUGGUUCUGGUACUGGAUCCUAUAGUAUCUAGUGUGUGUUCUCUCUGUAGUGUCUGGACGCCAGCAGGCCGUGGUUGUGCUACUGGAUUCUACACAGUCUGGAGCUGCUUGAGGAAGCUGUGCCCACCGCCAUCGCCUCAGAGUGAGUACAGCAACUGUACUGCUACACUAACAUAACAAAUAUGUAGCACACCUUGUCCCAACACACACCACCCCAACGCUGCUCUACCAUAAUGGCAACCAACUGGAGCUCUGCUACCCGAGUCCUUCAGGCCCAGAUAUUGUACAUCGGGUUAGGGCCGGGUAGGGCCUGUUAUUUUUUUCAUUAAUAACUAGGGUACGGGCAGGGCUCGGGUAUCACUAAAUUCAUCACUAACAUUUUGAAGCUGAGCCAUUUGCUCGUGCUCUGCUGAGCAAUACAGUCAUAAUAAUAUAAUAAUAAUAAUAAUAAUAAUAAUAAUAAUAAUAGGAUCCUAUUAUUAUUAUUAUUAGUCAUAUCUGACUAAGAUCAGAACAUGGUGUCAGAAAUGCUUCAACGCCGUCAAAUAUAAAACAAGAGAGAUUAUUUCAGAGAAAAUAAUAAUGUUCAUUGAGUUUUUCCGGAGUUUAGAGUGUUAAAGUAGCUAACAGCUAACUGCUCUCUCAUGUCUCUUCAUAGCCGUUGCUAUGGAUACUAACACUCAAAGCACCAUGAGCAGAGCGCAUGCAGAGCGAGCUGCCUGCGCAGAGGGAGCGAGUGACAGACGGAGAGGAGCGGCUAAUGGAUUUACUAACCGAGGAAGUUAUUUGGGGUUUCGGGCAGGCCUGGGCCUUAAAUUUGGCAGAAGCAAUCGGGUCUGCGUAGGGUAGGGCCUCUGAACGUCACCAGCAUGGGUAGGGCUCGGGCUUAAAAUUCAUACCCGUGCAGGGAUCAACUGCCUACCUACUGUGGAUGCAUGCAGCCUGCCCUGUAUUCUGAUGCUGGCCAAACAUGCACAUACCAAAGUAGCCUUGCCUACAAGACUCAACCUUGGUGAAAGAGACUAACACAAAAGCAACUUUGAGAUGGCUCAGUUUUGCCUUUUCAGUUUACAAUAUAAACAACUGAUAGUUUUAGCAUUUACGUGUGUAACCCCUGGCGAUGUGAUCUGCUUUGCAGUGUGUGUGUGUGUAAAUGACAUUGCCCCCUCUGCCCCGUCCAGUGUGUGUAAGUUCCUGGCGCAGUGUCAGAGUCCUACGGGGGGUUUUGCUGGAGGUCCAGGUCAAGCCGCCCACCUGGCUCCCAGCUACGCUGCUGUCAACGCACUCUGUAUCAUCGGCACCCAGGAGGCAUACAACAUCAUAGACCGGUACAGUCACCUCUUACUACAACAUCAUAGACAGGUACAGUCACCUCUGUUACUACAACAUCAUAGACAGGUACAGUCACCUCUUACUACAACAUCAUAGACAGGUACAGUCACCUCUGUUACUACAACAUCAUAGACAGGUACAGUCACCUCUGUUACAACAUCAUAGACAGGUACAGUCACCUCUUACUACAACAUCAUAGACAGGUACAGUCACCUCUUACUACAACAUCAUAGACAGGUACAGUCACCUCUGUUACUACAACAUCAUAGACAGGUACAGUCACCUCUGUUACUACAUCAUAGACAGGUACAGUCACCUCUGUUACUACAACAUCAUAGACAGGUACAGUCACCUCUGUUACUACAUCAUAGACAGGUACAGUCACCUCUGUUACUACAUCAUAGACAGGUACAGUCACCUCUGUUACUACAACAUCAUAGACAGGUACAGUCACCUCUGUUACUACAUCAUAGACAGGUACAGUCACCUCUUACUACAACAUCAUAGACAGGUACAGUCACCUCUGUUACUACAUCAUAGACAAUAACAAAAAAACAAAAAGAAUAUUCUCACACCUAAUUUAAAACCCCAAAAGGUAGGAAAUGUUUCUGAUGGUACCGCCUACUGAACUAAUGAACAUGACCCAGGUGUUGCCGUAGCAGCGGCAGGUGUGAUGUCUUUUUAAUCACCCACCCCCCCACAGGGAGAAGCUACUCUCCUUCCUGUUCUCUGUGAAACAGCCAGAUGGUUCCUUUGUGAUGCACGUAGGAGGAGAGGUGGAUGUCAGGUGAGACUGAGCUGAGCAGCCUUCCUUCCAUCGACAGAGUUUCACUGUGACUGGAGCACCACUGACACCUGAUAACAACAAACUCCCUAUCCCCUGCUGUCCUCUGUGUCUCUGUCCUCUCUGUCUUUCUCUCUCUCUCUCUCUCUCUCUCUCUCUCUCUCUCUCUCUCUCUCUCUCUCUCUCUCUCUCUCUCUCUCUCUCUCUCUCUCUGUCACCCCUGCUGUCCUCUCUGUGUCUCUGUUUUUCUCACUGUUUAACUAUCUAUCUCCAUCUUGGUAGCAGACAGAGAUGUGUGUAUUAACUCCUACCGCUCUCUGUGUUGUAGGAGUGCGUACUGUGCUGCAUCAGUGGCGUCUCUCACCAACAUCAUGACACCCACACUGUUCCAGGACACGCCCACAUGGAUCGUCAGGUACUGCAGUAUAGAGCAACCACACACACGUCUCACUCAGACACACCAUUUAGUUCAUCUGUGGCUAUUUAACUGGCUACCGUUUUGUCACGAGAAUUCUAUCUCUAAUACUCAAACUUUGAAUGAUCCCCAGAGGGUGUAAGACUCUAGUUAAGAAUGAAUUAAAGAAAUUGUCCAGUCUGCAAGGGAUCAGCCAUGUUUAUUCAUGAGAGCUCUCUGCCGCCAAAAACAGUCUUUUUUAUAUUCCUUCACACAAAGGAACUUAGCUCCGCCCACAUUUAGGCGGCCUGUACAUUUCCACAGUAUAGAAUGAUUAACCAGUUUCUAGGUCCCCUUCCUCCUGGAAUGUCUGUCUCAGCAGUUUCUAACCCCCCUUCUCUGUUAGCGGGUUUAUUACUACCUUAUAACUAACACAGUUUACACAGUCUUUUAGUCAUUACCAUAAACAUACAAAUUCAUCUAUCACCGUUCGUAAAGUUCCUUUUUCAUAAUAAACCUUUGAAUCACAUUUAUAAAAAAUAGUGUAGUUGUGCUGUCAGUCUUCAUUGACUAUAAUAGUUACAAGGAUUUGGACCUCGGGCUGUGGUAUUACCGCCACACCGGCGGUCACGAGUCAUGAAGGCAGUCAAAUUCCAUGUGACCGUUUUAAGUCACGGUAAUUAGGCUUCUCCAAGCUCUGAUGCUGCUGAUGGUCAUUAGUAGCCUACCAAACUUGCUAACUGCCUGGUACUCAGCACUCUAUUGUCCCUCUAAUCACUCUGACCUUUACAUUUACAUUUAAGUAAUUUAGCAGACGCUCUUAUCCAGAGCAACUUACAAAUUGGUGCAUUCAACUUAUGAUAGCCAGUGGGACAACCACUUUUUUUUUUUUUUUUUUUUUUUUUAUGGGGGAGGGGGGUUAGAAGGAUUACUUUAUACUAUUCCAGGUAUUCCUUAAAGAGGUAGGGUUUCAAGUGUCUCCGGAAGGUGGUCAGGUGACUCCGCUGUCCUGGCGUCGUGGGGGAGCUUGUUCCACCAUUGGGGUGCCAGAGCAGCGAAUAGCUUUGACUGGGCUGAGCGGGAACUGUGCUUCCGUAGAGGUAGGGGGGCUAGCAGGCCAGAGGUGGAUGAACGUAGUGCCCUCGUUUGGGUGUAGGGUCUGAUCAGAGCCUGAAGGUAAGGAGGUGCCGUUCCCCUCACAGCUCCGUAGGCAAGCACCAUGGUUUUGUAGAUAUCAAUGCAAAUGUGAUCGAAAAUCUAAUCGAACACUUCAUGAGAGCCCAUGAGCUCAUGUUGCGCAACAUUUCUAUAGGCUAUGCAAAUGUGUGAGAGUGAUGGCCUCUACUAAAAAGAGGAGGAUCCCAUCAGCUUUCUAUAGGCUAGGCCUACUAUAUUUAUUUCUCAACUUUCCUAAUAUUAAGCACAUUGCUUAUCUUCACAACAGGAGUAUAGCCUACCUGGCUGGCAUGAAAAUGAACCAAGGGAAAAGCGUCCUCCAUUUGCUAUUUAAGUGCAUAGAUGACAUGUAUUUUUUCCUGCUGCCUGUUUUGAGACAGGUGCAUGAUAAUGGUCCAUUCUAAAUCAAAACAAAUUUCACACAUAUAUUAUUUAGUAUAUGUAAAGACAAGGUUAAAUCAAGAAUAAUCUGAUGAGUGACAAUAUUAGCCUAGCACUUGUGAAUUAUAUAUUAUCACUUGUGAAGGAUGCCCAGCAUAAGAAACUGCCUUUUUUUGCGACUUUUUCUAAUCCUCAUGUAGCCUAGCCCAUAGGCCUAUAUGUUUUAAUAAGGUUUGUAUCACAACUAAAGUGGCCAAAGAACUUCUUAAAAUUAAGCACAUUCAUCCGCUUUACAAGGGGUGUAGAGCCUAACUGGCAUACAUACGCAGUGUGUGAGUUUCAAGUUUUCACCAUACAAAUGCACCUUUAUAAUAAAAGCAUUACAUGCAUAAUCGCAUACUGCCAUGUGAGCAUUGCUGCGCUUAUAAUGUGAAAUAGCCUAAUAGUUUAUCAACAUUUAAAGCUAAACGUUCUGAUCUGUUGCGUCAGCCUCAUUGCAUAAAAAAUGUUUUUUGAUGCUAGUGGUUGUAUUAAUUUGGGAUCUGUCGCAUUCCACAACUGUCCCAGACUGUUUGGAAUAUUUAUUUCUCGCACAGAAUAGAAUAGGUCAACUUUUGUACUAUGGGGGAUAGUAGAUUGACAUAGGCUGGUGCUUUGGCUGUUUGUUACUCAUCUUGUUGGCUGGCGAAAAGUAAAUGGGGACAGUUCUUCCAAUAUCUUCAAUAUGCACCUCGGAAUUGGAUAAGGACGCGCGCAGUUGCGUCGCCGAUGUGUCUGUCUUCACUUGUAGCCUGUGAGAAAGAUAACGUGAUGGAGAGCCAUGUGUGAGAGACGCUUUGGAGCGCGCAGCACUCAGGGAGAAAGCACUCCGGGCCAAGGGCACAACAAUCCUGCAUGGAUUUUUUUACACCACAUUUUUUUUAGGGUGCAUUACGGCCACACAAAUGGGAUGCCGCAGUGAAAUUCGAGGCUUUAUCAAGAGCUUGUCAAAUUGUGAAUGAGAGACUGAUGAAGUGUGUACAGCCUGCGCAAAAAACAAAGCAGAGCUCAUGCCUUUCAAGCGACUUUUUUCAAAUCAUCAUUAGUCGCAUCAUGCAGCCUUACAAUGUAUUAAAAAUCCAAAAAUAUAGCCCUACGUUUGUAGAACAACUAAAGUUACAUUAAUAACUCUAAAUUAAGCAUAUAGGAGUACCUAUUUAUUUGUUAACCGCUCAACACAGAAUAGCCGCAUGUGCGCACUCCCUCAAAUCGUUUGGAGAAAAUAUCCUUUCUAUUUUAUUCAGCUUUGUUCAAUUGUAUUCUUCAUACUAUAAAAUAAUGCCAUGGAAUUCUAAGCAAAUCUUGUCUGCUAAAUGAACUAGUGUAGCCCACAGCCAUAUGGCAUAGCCAGAUCAGGACCUAACAUAAGGACAACUCAGAGUAUGCUAUUAUGUUCUUCUGAAAUAGACUACAUUUUCUCCAUAUCAUGCUUCUUUAGACCUGUCUAAAAUAAAUAAUGGAUUUAUUGUGAAGGUGUAGGCUAUAUUAGAUGGAUUUAUUAGACUUUUUUAAAUGUAGAUGUUCCAAAGGUCUGCAUCAGUGGCUUGUAGGCUAUGUGUGGAAGCCAGGAGAUGCUAAAUGUGUUUAUGUUAAUUAAAGGUAAAUUACCAUGAGACCGACAGUUAUUUGCAUGACAAUCACCGGCUGACGAAAUUUCGUGACCGCCACAGCCCUAUUUGUCCCCCCUGUACUUUAGAGAAAUAACUUUGUAGUGAGCAUGUGUUUACACAGUUCUAUAGAAAGAAAGUUAAUGCCCACUCACUGUCUGCUACUGCUUGUCCUUCCUGUCUCCCUCCAGCUGUCAGAACUGGGAGGGGGGACUAGGGGGGGUCCCGGGGCUGGAGGCCCAUGGAGGGUACACCUUCUGUGGGACGGCUGCCAUGGUCAUCCUGGGGAAGGAGCACAUGCUGGAUCUCAAGACCCUGCUGGUGAGUUCUCUACCGCAUCAGUUCUCUAUUGGUAAUUGGACUUAUCCAGAACUGCCUCAAGUGUGUUUUAACACAGUUAAAAGUGGUUAUCCGGGGAGGCUUAUACCUACAGUAACUUUGUCUUCAGUAGUAGCCAUCCAGUACCCUACCAAUGUCACUCGGUGUCCCCCUCUCUGCAGAGGUAUCCCAUGUCACUACUUUCUGUGCCCAGAUAAUUCAGUUUACUUUAUCGGUGUUUAACCGGAGAGGUAUCCAAUGUCACGACUUCCUGUCCCCAGAUAAUUCAGAUUGCUUUAUCAGCGUUUGAUCGUCACUACUUCCUGUCCACAGAUAAUUCAGAUGACUUAAUCAGUGGUAUCCCCAGAGACAGUAAAGAGUUUAGAAGAUGUCAGAGGCCUGCAGGUCUUAAAUGGCACCCUAUCCCCUAAAUAGUCCACUACUUUUAAACAAGGGUGCCAUUUUGGUCCACACCUGUUCCACACCACACUGAUACCACACCACUCUGCAUCAGUCCACACCUGUUCCACACCACACUGAUACCACACCACUCUGCAUCAGUCCACACCUGUUCCACACCACACUGAUACCACACCACUCUGCAUCAGUCCACACCUGUUCCACACCACACUGAUACCACACCACUCUGCAUCAGUCCAUACCUGUUCCACACCACACUGAUACCACACCACUCUGCAUCAGUCCACACCUGUUCCACACCAAAAAUAAAUGUAAAGUAUCUUUCACUAGGCUAUCUUCUCCAACCCAGCUCCCUAGGACAACAGACAGGAUUGAGGACUCCAGCUGGUAUUUACACCAAUUCAAUAAUGUUUCAGUCCAGUCCUUGUGCUUUGGAAGGACUCCAAUUAGUGGUUGCUAUAGCAACCGUGUCAAAAUUUCUCAGUUUGCAAAUAUCAAUUCAUAUUAGCCCCUCUCUGAUAGGUAACGCAUGGGAUUUCAUCAUCUGGCUGGUUUCAAAGAGAAUAAAGGACUGUGUACACUGAACUGUCUGGCUGGUUAUACACCAAGAACCAAGUUAUAUUUACACUGUCUGGCUGGUUAUACACCAAGAACCAAGUUAUAUUUACACUGUCUGGCUGGUUAUACACCAAGAACCAAGUUAUAUUUACACUGUCUGGCUGGUUAUACACCAAGAACCAAGCUAUAUUUACACUGUCUGGCUGGUUAUACACCAAGAACCAAGUUAUAUUUACACUGUCUGGCUGGUUAUACACCAAGAACCAAGCUAUAUUUACACUGUCUGGCUGGUUAUACACCAAGAACCAAGCUAUAUUUACACUGUCUGGCUGGUUAUACACCAAGAACCAAGAUAUAUUUACACUGUCUGGCUGGUUAUACACCAAUAACCAAGCUAUAUUUACACUGUCUGGCUGGUUAUACACCAAGAACCAAGCUAUAUUUACACUGUCUGGCUGGUUAUACACCAAGAACCAAGAUAUAUUUACACUGUCUGGCUGGUUAUACACCAAUAACCAAGCUAUAUUUACACUGUCUGGCUGGUUAUACACCAAGAACCAAGCUAUAUUUACACUGUCUGGCUGGUUAUACACCAAGAACCAAGCUAUAUUUACACUGUCUGGCUGGUUAUACACCAAGAACCAAGAUAUAUUUACACUGUCUGGCUGGUUAUACACCAAUAACCAAGCUAUAUUUACACUGUCUGGCUGGUUAUACACCAAGAACCAAGCUAUAUUUACACUGUCUGGCUGGCUGGAUAGAAAAUGGCUGCCUUGCUGGGACUGUUAGUUAAAUGUUGGCAGUUUCUCACAUUGUGAUAAGGUUAUUUUAUAAGUAACCAUAACAACUCCAUUACUCUCUCUUUCUCCCUUUUCUCACUCUCACUGCCUCUAUCUCUCCUGCUGUACACUCUCUCCUCCUCCCUCUCUCCCCUAGCGGUGGGUGGCCAGCAGACAGAUGAGGUUCGAGGGAGGCUUCCAGGGUCGCUGUAACAAACUGGUGGAUGGAUGCUACUCCUUCUGGCAGGCCGGGCUGCUGCCCCUGCUACACAGAGCUCUCUUCAAAGAAGGUAAAACUACAGAAACAAUUACAGUAUUGCCCUAAGGCAGUGGUUCCCAAACUGUGGGGCGCGCCCCCUAGGGGUCGGCAGGGGGGGGGGCGCGGGGAACCAAACGGUGGGGCACGCCCCCUAGGGGUCAUCGGGGGGACCAAACUGUGGGGCACGCCCCCUAGGGGUCGGCGGGGAGGGGGGCACAGUUUGGGAACCACUGCCUUAAGGCAGUACUGUAAUAUUAUUGUUAUUAUUAUUUAUUUACUUUUUUAAAGGAACUCAGUCCGCCAUUAAACUUACUCUUGAAAGUUGUAAUAGUAGAAUGCACAAGGUGCAAUUUCCAAAUUGGGUAUUGCAUCAUCAGUUCCUCUUGUCAUGUUAGUCAUUGCAGACCUUAGAGAGCUACUUGUAACUUGUCAGAAAUGUCCAGAUCAACUAGCCCAUGUCAGCUAACGUUUUUUUAGCCCAUAGAUAUUGUUGUAAUUUCUUUGUCACUCAAAUAUCACAUGAAUACACAUUAGACAUGGCAAAAUGUAUAGACUAGCAAGAAAAUUAGCUUUAAAACUGCAAAAUGUUCUUUGUGCCUCAUGACAAAAUGUGUAAAAUUGCAGGAAAUAAGCUUCAAACCUGCAAAAAUUAUCUCCACCAACAAGAUGGGUGUGAACAGUUUGUGUCAUGAAAAGUGCUUGUGCCCAUAGACAUAGACAUGGCACGCAUGCAUGGGGGGGGAUGUUCCCCAAUACUGGAAGAGGCCCAGAGUGAAAACGUUUAGUAACCCCUGCUCAACGGUACUGCCCCAACGGUACUGCCCCUACGGUACUGCCCCAACGGUACUGCCCCUACGGUACUGCCCCUACGGUACUGCCCCUACGGUACUGCCCCUACGGUACUGCCCCUACGGUACUGCCCAACGGUACUGCCCCUACGGUACUGCCCCUACGGUACUGCCCCUACGGUACUGCCCCUACGGUACUGCCCCUACGGUACUGCCCCUACGGUACUGCCCCAACGGUACUGCCCCUACGGUACUGCCCCUACGGUACUGCCCCUACGGUACUGCCCCUACGGUACUGCCCCUACGGUACUGCCCCUACGGUACUGCCCCAGGGACAGACAGACAGAUUCUGAGUGCAUCUUGAACCAUUCAACUUUUGUUGCUCUUUGUGUUUCCAUAAGACAUGUCUGUGGUAACUAUGAGGAUGUUUUCAGAUGUAAAUGUGUGUUUAAUCAAAAUGUGCCUGUGUGUGUAGGGGAUUCGACACUGAGCCUGCAGAAGUGGAUGUUUGAGCAGCAGGCGUUGCAGGAGUACAUCCUCCUCUGCUGCCAGAACCCUGCUGGGGGACUGCUGGACAAGCCUGGCAAGUACGUAACACACACACAACAUACACACACACACCUUUUUUUGACACUUUUGAUUGCAAAAACAAAACCUGUCAUAAUAUUUUGUGUAAAAAAAAAUAUAUGUUCUACCCUCCUGCCAGAUCCAGAGAUUUCUACCACACUUGUUACUGUCUGAGUGGUCUGUCUGUAGCGCAGCACUUUGGCAACACGGACCUGCACCACGAGUUGAUCGUAGGCCGGGAGGCGAACAGACUGGUAAGACUGGGCUUCAAGUGCUGUUUGAAUGCAAAAAAUAUCACGGCUUGCAUUUGCUUCAGUGUAUUUGUCCGCAUAAAAAAAAAAAAAAUGAAAACGAGUUUCAAAGUUAUUUAUUACUUUCAGAAGGAAACAAGAGCUGAAAAAGUUUUUGACUACUAGGCCAUAGUCAUUGCGUGUCACUGGGAUGCAUUUUUGCUGCAUUGUUUACAUUUUUGUUGUCUUCUGUCCAGUGUCUUUUAUUUUGUCUCUCCCCUGUAAACUACCACUCACAAGUCCUGGAUUGGGUUCAUUGAUUAGGGCACACCGUUACAAAAACAAAUGUUUCUUAUCGGACAAGUUCAAAUAGUUCCUCCCCAGGGGUGUAUUCAUUAGUCCGAAACCGUUGCAAAACGUAAACCGAUUACUCCAAACGGAAAACGUUUUGCAAUGAAAACGGGUUUCUUUUGGACAGAUUCAGGUAGAUCCCCUCCCGGUUGCGUUUCGUUUGGGUCUUACUAACCUCCUGUCCUGUGUUUCCCUCCAGGCCCCGAGCCACCCCGUCUACAACAUCUGUCCAGAGAAGGUGGCCCAGGCCAUCCAACACUUCCACCAGCUGUCCGUCCCCGUGCCUGCACAGAAAGAGGGGUCCUCUGCC